CUACUGUAUGUGUAAAAGAUUGGGGGAAGGAAGAAGAUAAGAAAAUAAAAAAAUUUCAAUGGCUUCUUCCUUAUCCAUCUCCAUUGGAGCUUCGGCUUCGUCGCGUUUACGUCAUCCUUCUUCAUCGAACGGGAAGAUUAUUAGCGUCCCGUCCGCCACGCUUUCUCUCGGCACAGGUUCGAGACGGGGAGCGUUUUCUCUCAGCUCUUCAAAAUCCCCAUCAGCUUCUUCUCAGCUGCUCCAUUGCUCCUUUCUCUCUUCAUCUCUCUCCCUCGCAUCUUCAUUUUCUGGUUUGUCCAUUGCAUUUGAUCUCAGCAGUGGAACCAGUGGUCUGAGUAGCCAGAAACGCAGAGGGCUUGUGGUGAGAGCUGGGAAAGCUGCUCUGUGUCAAACGAAGAGGAGCAGGUCAAGAAAGUCUCUUGCUAGGACUCAUGGUUUCCGUUUGAGGAUGAGAACCACCAGUGGUAGAGCCACCAUCAAGCGCCGACGUGCCAAGGGACGUUGGAAUCUAUGCCCUAAGUCCAACCCUAGCAGCGGCAAACGUGCUUGAAUGUCCUUUCUCUCCUCUCACCCUAUCUGUAAUCUUGUUUGAUAUGCUUUUUUUUCUUUUUCUUGUGUGUUUCCGGCAGAAGAUACAAUGAGAAAACACAAGUCGAUGAGCUCUUUUCUGCUUUUUAACUCUUUAUGUAUUCUUGACUCGUCAUUAUCAUCACUACAUUGCGCUUUAGUAA